ACAAGGCGAGCCUGCUUCACGGCAUAAAGGUUUCACUGCUUCCUGCUCCCUCCUUUCAAAGGUCAGCAACCCCCUCGCACCUUUUCAAGGGCCACACGCAUUCAGUGAGAAUUGCGCGAAAGCAGACAUGGCGGUCGCUACAGCCCCUUAUUCCUUCGAUCCGCAACAAUUGCGAAUUCUGUCGCCCGAUAACUUUCGCAAUUAUUCUAGCCCGCCAAUGGGCCAGCAACCCGAGCGUCGGAUGCCAAAAAGCGGAUGCGGAGCUAAUACCACUCCUGACAUCUCUUCUAACGGCCCAUGGACCGAUAUUGAUGACAUUCUGAAGGGCGAAGGCUUGGCCGGGCCAGAGCAUACGCAGGAAUCAUUGUGCGAGGCAUUCAUAGGAAGCUGUACGGAUGCAGCUAUACUCAUCGAAGACAGCGAAUCGGGCACUGAUUCCGAAGAUGAGCUGCCUUCUCUAAACGCAUUGCUUAGUGCGGGCUCCCGACCGGAAACCGGUGGGACGCCGGCCGCCGAUGGAUUCCGUGAUUCGAGCUCGUCACAAGCGAUAGAGAGCGGCGAAAUUCCGCCGUCUGGAAAGAACGGCGAACCCUCUACUGGCGUCGGCAUGUCCCGGAGCAGUAGCGACUUAUCCAACUACUGUACUAUAGACGACGACCUCUCAGUAGCGGACCAUACGCGACUGCUAUUUGAGAGCCUCGUUCAAUCUACCGAAACGGCCGAAUCUGGCAACCAGCAACCUUCAGGUAUGGCCUCGCCGCGCUCUAGAAUAGGCAUGACCCGACUAACAGAGCAAACGGAUGGCAUCGCCGAUGAAAACCACGACCUUGAAAUCAAUCUGUCGUCCCUUGAACAAAGGAAGCGGAACGGUUCCUCCUCCUGCACGACCCAUCCACCGAUCUCGGUGCUGCGCCCGACGCUAGAUCACAACAUCAGAUAGACCGGCAGCCAUUAGAGGAGCAGCGUCCAGCGAAGCGACCGAGACGGUCUCGUUCCGGCGAGGCGCCACCAUCCGUCGCCGCUGUCCACGAUACUGGGCUUGACUGUUCAGGGCGGCGCGAGACUCCACCCAUAUAUCAUCGUGUAGGGAAGGAACGAC